AUUAUAACACGUACAAACACCCCUAGACAGACCAAAAUACUCACUCCGGCCAUUAUCACUUAAUUCACCGCCAUGAACCACAACCAAUUGUUACCGGAAUCCGUCGCAACUAAUUUCCCCAUCGACAAACCAACCUCCCUGGCCGCGAAAUGCUGGCUCGACGACACCUGCAUUGCCGACCUAGACAAUUUCGUAAAAACCUUGUCCGGGAUUAAAUCCAAAGGCGUCCGACCCGACCUAAUCGGUUCCCUCAUCACACAUUACGCUUGCAAAUGGAUCCCCGAACUCUCGAACGAUCAUCAUCAACCCCCGGCCUCCCCAUCCGUCCUUAACUCGCCACCACAAAGUGCCACCGCGUCUUGGCUCAAAAGGCGGUUCCUCAUAGAGACAAUAAUCACGGUCCUCCCACCCGAAAAAGACGCCAUCCCAUGCACCUUCCUUCUUAAGCUGCUCAAGAAUGCCAACAUGUCUGGUGUCGAUAUCAACGAUCGAAAUGAGCUGGAGAAUAGAGUGGCGUGGCGGCUGGACCAAGCCACUUUGAAAGAGCUGAUGAUACCUUGUUUUAGUCACGAGAGGGGCACGUGCUUGUUUGAUAUCGAAUUGAUGGUACGGCUGGUGAAAAGGUAUGUUGAAUUCACCGACAUUAAUAAUAGUGGUGUUGGGAUGUUUAAGGUUGCGAAGCUUGUGGAUGCGUAUCUUGCCGAAGCUGCUGUUGAUUCGGAGCUCUCCUUGCCGCUGUUUAUGGAGCUAGCCGGAGCUGUUCCCGAACAAGCCCGUGCCACUGACGAUGGCUUAUACCGCGCCAUUGAUACUUAUCUUAAAACCCACGUGAAUGUGACAAAACGAGAAAGAAAGACGUUAUGCAAAUUAAUCGACUGUCAAAAGUUGUCAAUAGAAGCCUCCCUACAUGCUGCACAAAACGAACGCCUACCGGUUAGGUCCGUAAUUCAAGUGCUUUUCUCGGAACAAGCCAAGCUUCAUUCUCAUGUCGACUGGAGUCGCUCAUUCAGCACUACCAAGAGCCCAACCCUCGGGUUGGACGCACACGACAGGUGUCAUUCCUCACGAGAUAUUAUGACGGUGCAACAGAUUGAGAUCAAGAAGUUAAAAGAACAUGUUACAAAGUUAGAAAGACAAUGCCACACGAUGCAGUCUCAAAUCGACAAGCUUUGUGAGAAGAAAAAAUUAGGAUUUUUCAAUUGGAGAAAAUUUGCAACGUCCACGACGUUAAGGACUAUGAGCGUGGAAGUGGUCGAUGAGUCGAGAUUUGACGGAAAAGGGUAUGAUACAGGCAGUAUCGGAAAGCAAACGCCUCUUAUUAAGGGGAAACAAGGAAGGACCAAGACCCCGAAAAGAUGGAGGCAGUCCACAUCUUAAUUUAAUUUCGUUCGUUAAUUAAGAUUCUUUUUGGUCUAAUGAUAUAUGAUUUGUAUUAUAGGAAAAAUAAUAAUGAUGUAACCUUCAUCCGUUAAGUUGUUACUUACUAUAUAUACAUGUAUUAUAUCAUAAUAUAAGAUACUGUUUUAUAUAUAUGUUUACUACUGUCAA